UGAAAAUUCACGAAAAAUGAUAGCAAACUCAUUUAGGAAGAGCAUGACUCCUCGGCCGUGGAUGCGAACCUUACCAAGCCUCUUUUCAAGAGGAUACUUUGGACUAAACACAGAUUUUGAGCAAGGAAAUGAAAUCAAAAGGUUAGCAGAAAAGAGCUGAUAUGAAAUCUUAGGAGUCAAAAAGAACUGCACUGAUGAAGAAGUCAAAGAAGCAUAUGAAUCUCAACUUCAGAAAUUUGAUAAAGAAGCAAAUGAACAAAAUAAAAAGAGAUUUGAUGUUUUACAUGAAGCUUAUCUAACUUUAAAAGUUAAGGAAUCAAGGAAUUGCUAUAAUACUCUUGGUUUAACCAUUCAAUCUGCCUCUGUCCCAAUUCUCGUGAUGAAUAAGUUAAAAUAUCAGACAAGCAAGGUUGAUCGUUAUAUGGAGACUUAUGAACAAAAGAUAAAAGAGUCUCACCCAGAGUACAAAAAGAUCUUCGACUACUCUUCAGAGAAAGCUAUUGAAGUAUUUAGGAAGAGACCCUUCGGGAUUGAUACUGAUGGAGACCCAUACAUCUUGAGGAUCACCCAUCCCAUGAAUAUAUAAUGGUUGAUCUUCAUGUUCAGAAAAAGCAAUUGGAGAGAAAACUUCGUGUUACCAAUCCUGAGGAUAGAUAUUUGUAUAAAUAAAAUCACAUACCCAAGAAUUGUAUAUUGUUCGAACUGUAAAGGAAUAUUAAGCACGGCUGAAUCUAACCAUCAACCUUGAAAACACUGUUAUGGAAAAGGAUAUUUAGAUGAAGAAAAAGAAGAAGAACUUUGGAAUAACCCUUGUAGUUAUUGAUACUCUACAGGCAAAGUAAUUACCAAUGUCUGCCAACAAUGAGAAAAAACCGGCUUUGUUCAUACCACGACAAAGCUUAGUGUUAAAAUACCUGCAGAUGCUUACCAAGGUCAAAUGUUAAGAGUGAAAGGGAAGGGCAAUGGAGUAACAGCUCCAUAUUAUGGAGAUUUGUACCUCAAGGUAAACAUCACUGAUUCUUAAUUGCAA